AGGACCACGCAUUCCUCGCUUCCACAGCACCGCGCAUUUUGAGAGCGUUUGAUGUCCAGCAGCGCGGAGAGGACGAGGAUCGACCGCUUCCGCGCCCGCUGCCGAGGUCUCGUCUCCUCUGGGUGUCGCUGCUCGUUCUCCUGGCCGCGAUCUCGGCUGGAGGAAUCGCGCCUCUCUUCCGUGCACCCGGCAUUGGAUUCCACACCGCUGGAUCGGCCCGGGAUGGAGCAGCAAUGGCGCUGGGGUUUCACUUCCAGGCGCCCCCAAACAGCAGCAUCUGGAUGAUCAGUCCAAACGCCCCGGUGUUCUACCUACCGCGGAUUCUACCAUCUCUUCUACCGAUUCACCACUCCAUCGUCAUCCACGAGCAAGAACCAGAGCUCCUGGGGCCACGCCAUCGCCAAGGACCUCCUCCACUGGACGCAUCUCCCCACGGCGCUGGAUCCCGGGCCAGAGAGGGCCCCGUGAUCCUCUACACUGGAAUCUCCAGCGAUGGCGCCACCACACAGAAUGCCGCUGUCCCGGUCGAUCCAGGCGACUCCAUGCUCAAGCACUGGAAGAAGAUCGCCCAAAACCCUCUCAUUCCAGCAGGAGGAAGGGUGGCGAUGAGAGAUCCAAGCAGCGCGUGGAGGGAUUCUUCUUGGCGGAUCCUUCUUGGCGGCGAGAAUGCCAGCGAUGGCGUUGGAUUCGUCUACUGGAGCAACGAUUUCCUGGACGGGGAGUGGAAGAGGCUGGAGACACCACUGCUGCGAAUGCCAGGAGCUGGGAUUUUGGAAUCUCCAGAUUUCUUCCAGGUUCCAUCGGCAGGAUUUGCAUCUCGUUGCUUUUAGCAAGGCCAGACUUUUUCGUGGAGUGGCAGCGAGCUCGUUCUUGAGCUGGUGAAAGUCCUCCUCACACUCAUGG